CACUGUAGAGUCGCUAAAUGUAGUAUCAGUCAUAUGUCAUUGAAUGAUAAUACACAGUUGACAGUUGUAGAACAUGUUGCAAACUGCUUGCAUUCUGUAGUCUGCAAAACAAAUAUAAUAAUAAAAAAAGCAAGUCAUGUCUGCGAUACUUAGGAACUGGUUUGGCUUUUUCCUACUGGGAGCCAUAAACAAUCUACCAUAUGUGAUCGUUAACUCAGCUGCUAAUACAAUUGCAGACAGCUUUGGUGAGAAGAACAAUGUUGGACUGGUGUUCGGAGCAAAUGUUGCUUUAGCUGCUGUUGUUAAAUCUCUCAACACAUUUUUCCUACUUAAAGUGUCAUUUACCAUCAGAUAUGUAGUAAAUGGAUGUUUGAUGCUGUUGGGUUUGUUUGGUGUUGCUUAUGCAUUCAGUUUUUGGUUUGCUCUGUUAUGCAUUGUUGUGAGUGGUUCUAGUGCAGCGUUUGGAGAAAAUGUCACUUUGGGCUUCCUGUCUCGUUUUCCGAGCAAGCUGGUUAAUGCCUGGUCGAGUGGUACCGGAAUGGCUGGGUUGCUUGGGGCCACUAUUUAUAUCAUCUUUGGUUGCACUGUGAGCGAUAAAGAUGAAAAUAAGACGGACCAUCUGAAACAUCUUACCAAAUAUGCCUUCCUGUUGACAACUCCGGUGGUUCUGUUGUAUUGGGUGGCCUAUUUCCUGGUGAUCCGAGUUCCUGUCAGCCAGGCACCACAGUCGGUCAAUGAGGAAUCGGACGAAUCAAGACCAAUACUAAAAAGUGAUUCAGGUGGCUAUGAGGUCGAUGAGAUUGACAACAGUUCUGUGCAGUCAAUAGAACACCGAGAGAGUGAGCUGAAGAGAAUAUGGAGAUGUCUCAAACUGGUUUCAUGGCUGGCAUUAAAUCUGUGUGCUGUAUAUGUGUUUGAGUAUGUUGCCAGAGGGUGUGCUGCCAAAGCCCGACCUAGCACUGAAUACAACAUUGGCUGUCCAGAGCUGUAUGCAGCAUUGCAGCUGUGUUACCAGGCUGGUGUUUUUGUGUCAAGGUCAUCAGUUCAAAUGUUCAUCAUCAAAAGAGUAGACAUUCUGUCUCUGUUACAACUUAUCAACAUGGUGGUAUGGAUUGUAGACGUGCAUUACAAAUUCCUGCCGGUUGCUGUGCUUCCUGCAUUUAUGGUUUAUGUUGGCCUUCUUGGCGGAGCAUCGUAUGUUAAUAUCUUCUACCUGUUACUGCAUGGCAACAAGUUCCCAAGUGAAGAUCGUGAACUGUGUAUAAACAUUGUUGGACUAUCAAUAACUCUGGGAAUCAUAAUAGGAACAGGCUUGGAGACUCUUUUGUUUAAUACUCUGCUAGCUAACGAUUGAUGUUUAGAGAUGGCGACUAGUAAAUGGGAAGGACAUACCAAACCAGUUCCAACUGGUUUCAUCUGACCUUAUGCAAUACGAUAUGAUAUAUAUUAUGUCCGUGCCAAGACCAACUCUUGCAGUAUUAAUACUACUAACAUAUAAUGGUCAACAACUGGGUUUUGCUAGAAACCUAUAUAUUUUAUGACUUAUUGUUUGCUUUGAAACCUGAAAGUGAUACUCAUCUUUUUAAAAUACUUUACAUACAUGUGGAGAAGUCCUGUGUCUAGACUCAGUGCUACUGGUCAUACCUUUGAGUAAUCUAUAUGGAGUUUUUGUAUAUUUGUGAAUUGUUAUGGAACAUAUUUUUAUUUAUUUUGUAAUGUGUUGCACACCAGUGCAUGUGUUUACCCGUUACUUACAUACAUCCAUUUGUUACCAGCCCAUGCAGUUCCAGUAACCCAGUAACCGUAAUGAUAACUGGGCUGGAACUUUGUAUACAAUAAACUAAUGAUUGUUUUUUUUAAAUAAAUAUCUAGACAUAAAAAUCAUUUUUGUCAGUUUGAUGGACAUUAUUAUGGUUUAUUGUAAUGUAGCUACUUUACAGAGGAUAAAGAACAGUUACAAGCUGUGAUCAGUUUUAUAUCCUCCAGGUACCUUUUGUCACUACUACCCUACUCAAAGUGUAUACAUCAAUCAUCCUCUCUCAAAAGUAGAUUGAAAUUGUGUGCAUUUUACGCAAUGUAAUUUAAAACGCAGAGUGAUAAAUCUUUAUUUUCUUCUUGUAGGGGGCAAGGAGAAAAAUAACGAGUGGAUAGGACUGUGUAAUUGUGUUCAAAUACCGGUAGAUGUGCCUAUUUUUUACAUUUUUUUGACUUUAAUAUUUUGAUAAUUUGUUUAUAAUAAUUAUUAGAUCACUUGAGUAAUUAGCCAUUAGUGUCUAUGUGAUAUGUCAUCCUGUAAUUUUGUCUACCUUUCAGCAGCAGCUUAUAAUAUAAAUAGAGAAUAACUAGUUAAUGACGCCAGAUAUCUGCUGUAUCCUGUAAAGGUAAGAAUGGGCCACGAGGCAUAGCACAGCAGAAUUUCUCAAUUGGCCUGAACAGGAUAAAGUAGAUAUCGAACGUCAUUAACUAGUUAUUAUCUUUAUCCUGAAGACCAUACAAAUUAAGCAGAAAAGCUAUUAUUUCUGUUAUUUCAGCCACAUUGUACGAUGACCUAAAGGUCAAAUGAGCAGUUUUGUAAUGUACAUUAGCUACAUGUAUGCGUGUGAUGUCACAUGACGUCAAAAGUCAUAUCCUGCUACUAUAUG